CUUAAACUGUCUGCAAAUUUAAACAAAAAGGAAAUUAGCAAGUAGAAAUUUAUAUGAUUUAGUCAAUUCGGUUAUGAAAACAACAAACGCAACGCGUCAGUUUUGCACGUUUCAAAGCGACAACACGUUUCGUAUUCUAUAAAUUGCCGUGGCAUCCCUCUUGUUCUACUUUUCAGUGUUGUUGUUGCUGCCGAUUUGCAAGGCGACAAAAAGUGCUCGUGUGUGAGUAUGUAUAUGAGUGCGUGUGUGUGUGAGUGUUUGUGUUAAAGAUAAUUUAGUUAGAGGUCAUUUCUAUGCGUAAGCAUUUGCAACAUGCGGCAUCCAGUUGAUGAUAGCGGGACAGUCGUCUUGAUAUACACGCGCCACAACAACAACAACAACAAAGGACGCUUGCAGCUUGACGCCCACGUCCACGCCCACUGCAAAGCGCGCAGCAGCAGUAGCAGUCGCAACAAGGCAAGCUUAAUUUUAUAGUACGCGGAGUCAUGCCAACAACAACAAAAACAGCAACCAAAUCAUCAGCAGAAGAAGAAGAAGAAGAAAAUUGCGAUACGCUAACAAUAAAAACAACAACAACAAGAACAGCAAUGCCCAUAACAGGAGAAAAGCCGCAGUCUCAGUCGACGUCUCAGUCGGCAGCGUCGGGGCCGCAACCAGCAUCUGAUGCAGUGGAAAAUGCAUUAAAAAUGCCAGCGCCAACGUCAGCGCCAACGGCGCGGCCAACGCCAACGCCCACGCUGCUGCCGCUGCUGGCCUCAGCCGCCGCCUGUAAUAAACAGUUGCUGUUCUGCCGGCGUUUUAAGGACGCUUCGGCUGGCGCAAUGGACGGCGCUGGAUUUUUGCGUAAUUUUAACUCAUUGCCGCUGUUUGUCUAUGCUACGUCGCCGUCGACGCACGCCAGCUCUGCCGAUGGCGUCGGCGUCGCCAGGGAAGCUGCAGCCGCAGCUGCAACGGCAUUCACUGAAAAGAAUGAAGGUUUUGAGUUUCCCGCUACGCAUGGCACCUGCAAGACCGACGGCAGCUGUAUUAGCCAACACAGAAUUGGCAACAAUAAUAACAACAACAACAAUCACAGCAGCAACUACCACAGCAGUGGCCUCUCCCGUGUCACUGAAUUGGCCAGCGGGGCGAUGGAAUGUCUGCCAAUGAGCAGUGGCGUUGUCACACAUCAUCCGCAUCCGCAUCCACAUCUGAUGGCGACCAGUGGUGCUGGCGGUGGUGCAGUGGUUGCCUCGCCAACAGCAACAGUUGUGGUUGGCGCCACAUAUCCACACCAUUUGCACCAUCAUCAUCAUCAUUUGAGCCACCAUGCGCCAUAUAGCAAUAGCUAUGGCAGCCACCCACAUCAUCCCAUACACAGCGAGCAAACCAAGUCGCUGCAGGAGCUGCAGCAUGAGGUGGGCGCUCUGUUGGAAUUCCGAGAUCUGGUCAUUGAAACAUUUCCCGAUCUCAAGCAUAAAAUGGCCUCCAUGUCUGCCACACCAUCCACGCCCAACUCUGUGGGCGCCAUGGGCGGCAGUCAUUCCGUAGGUGGCGUCGGUGGCAGCUCCUCGUUAGCAGCCAGACGCGAAUGGGAGCCUGGCAUACGCAUGAAGCGAAAAUUGUCGCACAAGGAACCGUCCACGACGACGACGGCAGCAACAGCUGCAUCCGCUGCUGGCGCCGAGCCGUCGUCCUCAUCGCUGACACGCAGUCGCAGCAAUUCGCACAGCGGCAAGAAAGAGCCAAAGAGCGGAGAGAACAACAACGGCAGCGUUGUGCAGGACUCCGGCUUCUCAACGGAGACCAGUUCCUCCAAGGAGGGUCACAGUGCCUCCUCCACCAAUGGUGCUAUGACUGUGGCCAUAGCAUCGAAUCGUCUGAGCUGCGCGGAGUCUGACGAUGAGCUGCUCAACCUGCUGGAUGUCAUACAUCGCAAGUCGAAUCGCUUACGCGAGGAGGUCGAACAGUUGCAGAGCUACGAGCGUCAGCAGGGCGAUGGGGUCAAGGGUCAGAAGACUGCAAGUGGCAUGACACCGCAACAGUUCCGUGAGCAGGUGGAUCGACUGAAUCGUGAGGAUAUCAAACAGCUGCGCAAGGAGCGUGAUCGAUUGCUGGACAAGCUGGCCGAAAUGGAGGCGGAAACGUUGACGGGUCGCAUCAAGGCGGCCAAGAUGAACGAUCAGGUGGAGGAGCUGAUCAGCGUGAAAAAAGAUCUCGAGGAGCAGCUGAAAUUGGCCAUGGCCCAGAAGCUAGAGCUGAGCUCGCGUGUGCAGCAAUUGCAGCUGCAACAGCAGCAACAACUGCAGCAAAGCAAAAGCUCAUCUAGCGCCAGUCAAUCAGAUUUCUCCAGUCAACGCAACUUUUCAUCCUCGGCGACGACGGUGCUCUCCAACAGCAGUCGCCCCAGUCUCAGCAGCACCAACAACACAUUCCAGCCUGUUGUGCUCGAACAGCCGCAAUCGCAAUCGCAAUCACAGGAGGCAUUCCAUCAAAGCUCAGUGAUAAGCAGUGAUAACGCAACAGCGAGAAGGCAACAGCAACAACAACAACAGGGGCUUGGUCGCUUGGAUGGCGUUGUUAGCACGCCAGGUGCCCGCAAUACCAAAUGUCGCAUUACGGACUCCAAGCGCUUCUCGGCAAUUCUGCUGGAGACAAAUGUGCUGGAACUGCAGCGUCAUCUGCUCACGUUGACUGUGCAAAAUCAGGUGCUGGCCCAGAAGCUGGACUCGUCGAGCAAGUCAAAGACGCAGCUGGCCAAAAGACUGGACAAGAGUCAAGAGGACUCCGAGGAGUUGCGCUUUCAGCUGGAGGAGAAGAACAUUGAGCUGGAGGGCACCAAGGCGCAGUUGCGUGUGCUGGAAUCACGUCUGCACACGAGCAGCAGCACGAACUCAUACUUGAACUCAUCCUCGCAGCAUGAUUAUGAGACGAAUCGUUCGUCCGCAUCCACCACGUUGAUGCUCAGUCGUCGUGGUGUGCCCGAUUCGGUGGACUCCACAUCUGCAACGGUCACGGCGGCAGCGUCAACAGCCCUGCCCCGUUCGGAUCAGAUUAGUACGCCCAGCAUGAAGGCCAUGGUGCCGUUGGCCAUGGAUGAAUUGCAGCAGCAUAGCAGCAGCACUGAAUCCGCCCAUGAGCAUGAGCCGGAACCGCAAUCGCAAUCGCAAUCGCAAUCACAAAGUACGCCCAAUGAUACGCAGAGCAAGACAAUUGUCAACAGUCCGCUGGGCAGCAGCACGCCCACCGCCCCCAGCAGCGGCAGCAGCAUUGCGGCACGUGUGAUGAGCUCCAGCUAUGAGCAGACUCCUCAGCGCAGUUACGCUUUCCGCAAGUUCAGCAGCGCCAGUAAGCCGAGCAAGAUUCCGCUGCCGGGCAGCAAGGCGGCUGCAUAUUUUGCGGGCAAACCGCCAACGGGUCGAGCAUCGACUGCGGGUCGAUCGCCGCCCUCGGUGCACAAUUCCAGCAGCGUCUCGUAUGGCAGCAAGUCAUCUACAUCGUUGAGUCGCAGCACUGGCAAUCUGAAUCAGAGCUUGAAACGUGCCGAUUCCGCGUCGAAUCAUUCGCUGAGCACGAACACGAGUCGCAGCUCGACAAGCUCCUCCAUACCGCUGGCCACAACGCCGUAUUCAUCCAGCAAUCGCAGCAGUCACACAACCACAACAACUCCGUCCCCGCGUGUGCUCCAGAAUUCGCCGUUGCCGAAGCUAAAGCGCGAGACGCUUAGCUCCCGAGUGCGGCACUUGGAUUCGCUCUCACGUGCCCAACAGUCACCCGAGCAGCAGCUGCAACAACAGCAACAACAGUUGAACAACAGCAGCGCCUCACGCAAGAGCAGUCCGUCAAGUGGCAGCUCCAGUUCGAUUGCCGCACAGUUGAGCAGCACGUUGCGCAAGGAUCUGCAGUUGAGUGCCUCAUCGGUGUCGGCAUCGUCGUAUCAUCGACGUGGCACAGUCCCUGGCAGUGCGGGCGUCGGUGUGGCACGACGCUUUAGCAGCGCCUCGGUGGCAGGUGCAAGAUUGGCACGUGAACAGCAUGCGAGCAACGAGGCAACUGCAUCUGCAACUGCCACGCCCACGUCCAGUUAUGGCGAUAGUGAUAGUGGCAAGAAUUUGGCAAAUUCCAUUUGUAAGCCAAAUUUUCGCAUCAAUAACAACAAUUGGCAAUUGUGGCAAACUACCAAUAACAACAACAACAACAUGACAAUUCUGGAAGAACAAUGUUAUUUUAAUGAGCUGUUGAAUGAAGCUGGCAAUGUGUCCGAGGAGACGGCCUACGAUUCGUAUUAUACACAAUAUACAACGCCCGAUUCCAUGGACUGUGGCAGCGAUAAUCUGCUGGUGACCUUCGAUUACGGUUACAGUGAUUCUUUUGGGGCGCCACUGCCACCAAUGCCAGCUGCAACAUGGGCUGAGAAUGAUGGAAUUGAAGGCGGUGCAACUUGGUUUGGCACGCCUCAAAAUGAUGCCAUGGCUUUUAAGGUGCAUCAUGUCCAACACAAGCGAACGCUGCCAGAAGAGAGUCUACAGUCUUUAAUUUCCUACGAUGUAGACUACAUCGAGGAGCUCUCGGAACCCGAAUCAGAGUCAAAAGAAGAACAAGAAGUUUCAGAAGUUUUCUAUGAUAGCAUCGAAUGUUGAAUGCACUUAAAUUUUCAUUAAACUCAAUUCACACACUUACACACAUAUACAUAAAUAUCGGUAGUAGCAUAUAUAUACAUAUAUAGGCGGGAUUAAUUUGAUAACUGAUUUCAUUAAUUAACUAGUCUACAUAAUGCAAUUAAGCAUCUUUCAACUUUAUUAGGCACAGCAAAAAUAAUAUAAUAGUUUUGUAUGUUUGUAUGUAAGCUAAAAGACAUGAUUUGUCCAAUAUGGAAUAUAUCAAUUUCUAUGUAUGUUAAUUUAUAUUAAGAUUGUGUGAGUACGUUUUGUAUGUUCGAGUGAAUUUUCAUUGUAAAAUGUUUUGCUUAUCUCCUAUAUGACUAAAUAUACCCUAUAUAUAUAUAUAUAUAUAUAUAUAUAUAUAUUGUAGUAUAUAUAUUUGCAUAUGUAUGAGUAUAAUUUAUAUCAAGUUGAUUGCCUGUAUCGGUUUAAGUUUAACAUUAUUGCACUACGCCUACUUAUAUUUGUACUCUCAAACUAAUUUAAUUGACUCUUGUAUUUAGACAUUUAGCAGCUACACUUGUAAUAAUUUUAGUUGUUAUGGAAAUUUAGUUAACAGAUUGCAUGUAAUGUAUGUAUAUAUAUAUACGUAGUAAGGAUAUAUAAUUUAAUUUGAAUUAAUUAUGAUAAUUACGCCAAGCAAAUGAUACAUAUAAUAAUUGUCUACACAUAGAACUUAUCAUACACUGUUAUCAAAAUGCGUUUACUACAUUUAUAAAACGAAUCAAAAAUCAUUAUGGAUCAAGAAACGUUGAAAGUUGAAUUUCGUAUUCAACUGUUAAAAAAUCUACUACUAAAAAUAAAAAAUAUAUUCAAAAGGCGACAAAUGUAAGCAUACAUAUAUCCAUUUAAAUAGCAAUUGUAAUUGAAGACAACAUACUUAUAAAAAAAA